AUGUUCGGACUCGGCCGCCGGCGCAAAGCCGAAUCUGAGGCUUCUGCGCAACCCGUCGAUCAUCAUCAAGACACCACUACCGUCACCGAAGGACAAACACUAGGAAAGACAAACUGGAAGAAUCUCAUUCCUGUAAUCGCUUGUGGCGCUGGGCUCUUUUCAGAUGGGUAUAUCAAUAAUGUCAUUGGCUCCGUCGUCACCAUCUUAGACCGAGAGUAUGAGGACAUCUGGAAAAGCUCAAACGCGAAGAAGUAUGUGGGCGAUAUUGCGUUUGCUGGAACGGUGGUUGGCAUGUUGUUGUUUGGAUAUUUGUCCGAUAAAUGGUCACGAACAAACUCCCUCCUAGUCUCAACCAUCAUCCUCAUCGCCUUCGCCGCCCUCGCCGCAGGGAGUUACUACAAGGGCGACACAGUUGGGAUGUUCAACAUUUUGACCGCCUGGCGCUUUUUCGUAAGUCGGCGUCGGCAUAGGAGGCGAAUACCCCGCCGGCUCCGUCGGCGCGCCGAAAACACAGGCGAGCUCAAGUCCGGCCAGCGCAACAUGUGGUUCAUCCUGUUCACCAACUCGAUGAUCGACUGGGGCUUCGUCAUCGGUGCCUUCGUCCCCUACGUCGUGUCCGCGGCCUGCGACAACAAGCACCUGUCGACCAUCUGGCGCACCUCGUUGGGGAUUGGCGUCGUUUUUCCCCCUCGUGCUAGAAACAGCAUGAAACACGCCCGCACUCCCUAUAAACUGGUCCUGAAGUUCUACGGGUUUCGCUUGUUCAUCGUCAGCUUGAUCUGGUUCAUCUACGAUUUUUCGGCCUACAGCUUCGGGAUUUACUCGCCCAAGAUCGUCGCCAACAUCUACCCUUCUGGAUCCCCGCUGACGACGAUUUUCGGCUGGAAUACCGUCAUCAACCUGUUCUACAUCCCCGGCACGAUGCUCGGCGCGCCCGUUUCCGACCUGUUGGGUCCGCGCUACGCUUUGGCUUUGGGCGUCUUUUUGCAGGCCAUCGUGGGCUUUAUAAUGGCAGCGUGCUACUCCUCCCUCGCCCAGCCGUCGCGCGUCGCCGCCUUCGCCGUCGUCUACGGCAUUUUCCAAUCGCUGGGAGAACUAGGGCCAGGCAACAACAUCGGGCUCAUCGCCGCCAAGACGUGCGCCACGGGCAUCAGGGGACAAUACUACGGUCUGGCGGCCGCCGUGGGCAAGAUCGGUGCGUUUGUGGGCACCUGGGUUUUCCCCUAUAUCGAAAAGGCGGGCGGAGGCGAUGAGAGACUUGCGGCGCAGUACCCGUUUUGGGAUACGAUUCAAGUGGAGGAUGCAAGGUUUAGGGCUUUCCUGGAGGAGAAUGGUUAUGAUACUAGGCAGCUGGGGUUGAGGAAGGGGGAGGACAUGGUGGAGGACGCGGAGGAGGUGAUGCCUGUGGAAAAGAAGGCUAGUAGUAGUCCUGCUGAGUGA